CGUCUCUUUUUAUUAUCUCUUCAUAUUUAUCACUUCAUUUUUUUUUCUCUAUAUCAUUCUAGUAGCCUCUAUUAAUUUUUUUUUUCAUUUUCAUGUCGGUUUAUCAAUAUCUUCUUAUUUAAACCUUAGCUAAACUUUAAUUUCUCCUAGUGUACUCCUUUUUUGUGCCUUAAAGUUGUGCUUAUUAGUGAAGUAUAGUAAGGAAGGUUUCUUUGUUUUUUUUUUCUUCUAAUUUGAAGAGAAAAAAAACUCUAUUUAGCUAGUUUUUGCCAUUUUAGUAUCUGGGUCGUGCUUAGUUUUUGUUAAAACUCACUUAAUAGUUAAUUUUUGUUUUAAAACCUUUCUGUAUGCUACAAAAAUAGGAGUUUAUUUGGUUCUUGUUUUUUGUGCUAAUUUGGUGAUAAAAAUGUUUGUUUAGCUAGUUUUUGUCAUUUUAUUAUCUGGUUCUUGCUUAGUUUUUUGUUAAAACCCUCUUAGUUGUGAGUUUUGAUCAUCAUUGAUCAGUUUCUUUGUUUUUAUUUGGGGCUAGUUUGGGUAUAAAAAUCUUUGUUUAGCUAGUUUUUGUCAUUUUCUUGUUUGGGUAUCACUUAGUUUUUGUUAAAAUCAACUUAAUAGUGAGUUGUGAUUUAUGAUCAAGGUGUUUUUUCUUUUGAUUUUCCUUCGUAAACAUUAGUAUAUUCCUUUUUUUUUUUCUAACCUGAAGUUGUGCUUAUUAGCUAAUUUGUUGAAAAACAUCUUUAUUAACCUGGUUUUUGCCAUUUUCUAAUCUGGGUCUUAAUCAGAUUUUGUUAAACCCCACUUGAUUUUGAGUUGUGAUUGUUAAUCACUACUGAUUAAGGUGGUUUUUUAGUUGAUCCAAAAUGGUGGAUAUAAGUGAUAAAACAAGUGAUCACGAGGUUCAAGAAACUGAAGAAAUGAGUGGGCAAAAUCAAACACCAGAAAGGGUUUCAAUAGAGACUAAUCAGAAAACAUGUGUUGAUUGUGGUACUACAAAAACACCUCUUUGGAGAGGUGGUCCUGCUGGACCUAAGUCAUUGUGUAAUGCAUGUGGGAUAAGGAGCAGAAAAAAGAGAAGAGCUCUUUUAGGAUUGAACAAAGAAGACAAGAAAUCAAAAAAAUCUUCAAAUAAGACAAUUGGCCAUCAACAGAACCAGAGUAGUACCAGCAGUACAAGCAGCAGUGGAGAAAGUUCAACUAGUAAUGCAGUAGUGAAGCAGAGUGAAAAGUGCAUUCCUUUUAAAAAGAGAUUAUUGCAUUUUGGUAGAGAAGUAGCAAUGCAAAGACCAAGAUCAAACUCUGCACAGAGAAGAAAAUUGGGUGAAGAAGAACAAGCAGCAUUCUUGUUGAUGGCUCUUUCUUGUGGCUCUGUUUAUGCUUAAUGAGUUGUACUAAUGGCAGUGAUUGUAGUGUCUUUUUGGGUUGGUAGAUCAAGAAGGUAGAUGCAUAGUUAGAAUCUUGGAUGAUAGAAAAGAGCUUAAUCAAGUUGAGAGCUCGCAAGAGUAAUGUUUGUACUAAUUGCAGUGAAAGUAGUACCUUUUUAGGAAGGUUGAGCAAAGGUAGGUAUAUGGGAAGAAUCUAGAAUGAUAAAAAGUGCUUAAUCAAAGUUGAUAGCUCUCAAGAAUGUAGGGUUGAGAAUUGGCGUGUGUUUUAAUUUAAUUUAAUUUAUUUUAAUCUAAGUGUUACUACUUGUGCUAUU